ACCUUUAAAACUUUUGGUCAAUAAUUUAUCAGUUAUAAUAACAUCAUAUUGUGAAGAUAUUUCAGAUGCUUCAAUUUUUCAAUUAUCAUCAGCAUUCAGUAAAAGCCACUUAACAAAAUUAGAUUUAGAUGGAUGUAUUUUAAUAAGUAAUGAUGGUAUAAAAGAAAUUUCCAAGCACCUUAAUAAGUUGAAAUAUUUGGUAAUAGAUGGAAAAGGAAUUGUUGAUGAAUCUAUAGUUUCAAUUUUUAAAAAUUGUAAUGAAUUAGCUUUAUUUUCAAUGUUUAAUGAUUUUUUUAAAGGAUUGAUGAUAAGAAGACAUUCUUUUCGCUCACUUGAUUUUUCUGAAUGUCAAAAUAUUUCUGAUUUAUCUUUAAAUUUUUUUUCACAACCUUUUCUAAAAUGGUUAAGUUUAGAUUGGUGUUGGGAUAUUACGGAAUCUUCUAUUUUAAAGAUAAUCGAAGCAUCACCAAAUUUGGAAGAAUUGAUGCUUACAGGUUGUAAUAUUAGUU